AUGCCUGUGAUGGAGAAGCUCAAGAUGUUCGUUGUUCAAGAACCAGUUGUCGCUGCUUCAUGUCUCAUCGCCGGCUUUGGCCUUUUUCUUCCUGCUGUUGUGAGGCCUAUUCUGGACUCAUAUCAAACAACCGAACAGCCUCCUCAAACUGCUUUGAGUGAUGUGGUUAAAAGUAUGGCAGGUCAAAAGUAA